CUGAGCUGAAAUCAAUCUAGGAGUCAUGAGUCUUUUUCUCUUCAAUUUCUGAGCAGCAAAAAACUUUCCAUAGCACAUGGUACCAUAUUCGAUUCCUGUUGCGAUGCCAGGAAGUUUAAAUGGCCAUAUUAGUUUCUGACUGCAACUCAAUUUACAAGCCUGCUUUAUGACUUUAGCUCUGCUUUAUGCCAAGCAGAGUCCUGACAUUUUCAGUUACUUGUCCGUUAAUUUUAACUAAAUUUGAUUCUCUAACUUUUAUCAUACCAUGUUGAACUCAGACGUAACUUCAGAAAAUUGAUUUUCAGUCAAAAUUACGUAAAUUAGAAAUUAUCCAAAAAGAAGAAUUUUCAUGUAAUUUUUAGUCUUCAUUUGUUUGCUCUUAAUAGAAAUUGGCGAUGUAGUUUCAAGUGUUUGCUCUUAAUAGAAAUUGGCGAUGUAGUUUCAGGUGUUUUUACCAGACAGCUUGCUGUUAUACCGGAAACACAUGGUCAAAUAAAUUAAAUAGCAUUUAGAGACAAGUUAACAACUUUUUGACAUACAUACUCACGGAGAAGUUUAUGUAAAACGAGUUUUUUAAAUUCUGUAAAGUGAAUCUUACAUUACUUGAACAUGCCACUCAAAUUUUAUUUGAUUAUUCUCAUCUCUCGGUUGCUUUAUUUGGAUCUUGCAUCCUCGUAUACGUUUUUCUACAACUCACAGCCAACAGAUGGCGACCUGUUUAGUUUCCUUAAGGUCCCCCCAAUUCAGUCCGAGGGAGGGGGAGAGGGGAGGGUAAUAGAGUCAGUUGAGUUUACCCUGAGAACAGUGGAGCCAUCGGGUGUUUUAUGCGUUCUGGUUGCCGAGGGCGAGAGUGAGUCGUCAUUCGCAGUUGUUGAGAUGUCUAGCGGAGAUGUUUAUCUCACAACAGCAAGAGCUGGCCCAACAUCUGUUUACAGGGUACCACAUUGGAGCAAACUAGACACUGGCGAACCUUUCACAAUCAAACUUUCCCAUCAAUUAACGAACGAAGUCGAUAUCUUUUCAAUUUCUAUCGAUAAAAUUGAUCACUUGCAAGCAACAUACACCAGUAAUUUACCCUGGAUCACUGGAUUAAAUUUGGCUUAUUUUGGAACCCCACAUACGAGCGAAGUACCCGCAGGAUUCCCAGGGACAGCACUCAAGUUUAAGGGGUGUCUGUAUGCUAUUUCCAUUACAUACAGCGAUGACAGCAUUGGUUACUUAGGAAGUGUUCCGAACGACGCCGACACCAAUAUAAUUUCAAUUCCUUUUGAGAACACCAAUGUUAAUGAACAAAAUUGUGCGUACGAUGAAACUUGUGUUAGCUUCUCGGAUGAUCCCUGCCUGAACGGUGCUUCUUGCGAGGACGCUCUGGAAGGAUACGAUUGCUCCGGAUGUCCGGGGGGAUUCCAUGGAAGGAACUGCAGUCUGACCUCACAAUGUGGCGAAGAGAGUAAGACAUGUAUGGGCGGAGGAUUCACAUGUGUUGACACUGACACCGAUUUCGAAUGCACUGGCUUUGUCACUUUCGAGCCAGACGCCUACAUCUACAUCCAGACCAACGAGACAGAUGGGCCCUCAGAUUCCCUGGAGAAAAUUGAGUUCUCGUUCAGGUCAAGAGACGAGCAGGGAGUCAUUCUCUACCUCAAGGGCGAUCAAGUGCAGGGGUGCUUCUUCACGAUUGAAGUCAAUACAGACGGCUGUUUGACCAUCAAGUCAUCGGCCUUCGACUCCGAAAUCAUCUUCGAUUGUUCCAUAACCGACGGAGAGAUCCACAACAUCACCCUAGACAUCAUCUCUUCUUCAUCGGCGUCUUCUUCGAUAGAGCUGAGAAUUGUUGAGUCUUUAUUCCAGGAGAUGACUUCCUCCGGAUCCGCUUUUGACAUGCAAUGCGUUUCCCACAUUCUAGUCGGAGGCAUUACAAACGACGAUAUCCCAGUUCAGGUUGCAGACUUCCCAUCUGGCGACCCAAAAAACAUUCUGGGUUGUUUGGGUGAUGUUCGGCUAAAUGGAGAGCUUCUUCCACUUGACAGCUCAGCCACGAACUCGAAUGGGUUCGUAUUUAUUAAGUCUGCGUAUAUUUGGUACCGCGGAUGUUUGGAUCACAACUCUUGCUCCCAUUUGGUCUCCAGUGAGACAUGCAACAACGGCACAUGUUCAGUUGUUACUGCAGAAUGGCGUGGAUUCCAGUGCGAAUGCAAAAACACUGGUUUCGAAGGCACGAAUUGCGAGAUAGAAAUCAACGAGUGUGCUUCUGGUCCCUGCGUGAGAGGAGAGUGCAAUGACCUCAUAAAUGACUUCAGCUGCGACUGUCCAACUGGAUACGAAGGGAAAGACUGUUCACAAGACAUAGACGAGUGCUCAACGUGCCCUGAAGAAGGGGAGCGAGAGGAUGGUACCCCCUGUAAUGGACCUUGUCUCAACUCAGCCCAAUGUGUCAACUCAGUGGGAUCCUUCUCUUGCAAUUGUACCGACUUCUGGAAGGGGGAUCUGUGUGACGAGGGAUCCAAGUGUAGCGACUCGGAGUGCGUUGCAGACCAAACUGGUUCCUGUUCCGACGUGGAAUCUGUGGAGCUUAAUGGGCGUCAGUUCUUGUGCAUUUGCGAGACGGGAUUCAUGGGGGAGGUGUGUGAACAGGUAGACUUGUGUGCAUCCCAGCAGUGCAGCGGGAGAGGCAACUGUACAAAUGUAGACAACACUUUCCAGUGCACAUGUGAACAAGGUUGGGAGGGAACAGUUUGUGAGGACGAUAUUAACGAAUGCGACACCCUCUCUCCUUGUGCCCGACAGAACACAACACGAGACUGCGAAAACCUCGCAGGCGGUUACAACUGUCACUGCAAGUUCGGCUACACAGAACCACACUGCGACUCCGUGCUCGACUUCUGCGAAGAAGGACCCUGCAAGAACAAUGCUUCUUGCGAAUCCACUGACUUUGUCGGGUUCAAUUGCACAUGCAUUCCUGGAUUCACAGGUGCAGGCGAGACCUGUGAGAUGAACAUUGACGAGUGCGAGGGAAACAACUGUGCGUCGGCAAUAUGUGUAGACGGAGCCAACCAGUACAAAUGUGACUGCAUUGGCACAGGGUUCAGGGGUCAGCUCUGCGAUGAGUCAUGUGUCAACUCAAGUGCGUGGAAGAAUUCUGCCAGUUAUCUUUUCAAUCAAACUUCCGAUGAGUUCUUCUGCGACUGCAGCUCAAAUUUCGAAGGUGACGACCACACUCAAUCAACCAGGCCUAACCUCACUGGAUCUACAGAACACCCUGCAGUCGUGGACGAGCCAGACGAAGCGACAAUAGAGGGUUAUGAAAAGAACCCAAUUAUGUUGGGCAGUACCCCAGAAGAACCUUCCCCAUUGGAACAACAACCGAGGACGUCUAGACCUCGCAGAAACCGUCAGUUCUUGUGCAUUUGCGAGACGGGAUUCAUGGGGGAGGUGUGUGAACAGGUAGACCUGUGUGCAUCCCAGCAGUGCAGCGGGAGAGGCAACUGUACAAAUGUAGACAACACUUUCCAGUGCACAUGUGAACAAGGUUGGGAGGGAUCAGUUUGUGAGAAAGAUAUUGACGAAUGCGACACCUUCUCUCCUUGUGCCCGGCAGAACGCCACACGAGACUGCGAAAACCUCGCAGGCAGUUACAACUGUCACUGCAAGUUCGGCUUCACAGAACCACACUGCGACUCCGUGCUCGACUUCUGCGAAGAAGGACCCUGCAAGAACAAUGCUUCUUGCGAAUCCACUGACUUUGUCGGGUUCAAUUGCACAUGCAUUCCUGGAUUCACAGGCGAGACAUGUGAGACGAACAUUGACGAGUGCGAGGGAAACGACUGUGCGUCGGGAUCCACAUGUGUAGACGGAAUCAACCAGUACACAUGUGACUGCAUUGGCACAGGGUUCAGGGGUCAGUUCUGCGAUGAGUCAUGUGUCAAUUCAAGUGCGUGCAAGAAUUCUGCCAGUUGUCUUUUCAAUCAAACUUCCGAUGAGUUCUUCUGCGACUGCAGCUCAAAUUUUGAAGGUCAAUUAUGCUCGGAGCAACUUUCGGGUGGAGACAACGAUGACGGCAAAAUUUCAACGGCAGGAGCUGCACUGCUUGCAAUUCUCAUUAUAGUAGUCGUCGUAAUAAUAAUCAUUGUUGUAUUCCUGGUUGUGAAACACCUGAAUAAGACUCAAGUAUCUUCUGGUUCGUUUGAUCCAAAAUUUGCAGAAGGUGCCGACAACCGAACAGUCCCGAAAGACAGCGAAUUCCCCCAAUUUACAAUUCCGAGAGCCAAGCUGGAAAGACUCAUUUGAAGUCAUUUUCACUAACAUUUUCAAAAUAACUCAUUUUUGUAUUCUGGCUUCAUUUAAUUUAAAUUUUUCAAAAA